GUCAUGCAAUGGGAUUGAAACUUGCUUCCUCAACUUGCAAGACUUACAAGGGCAGAUAGGUAGCAUUGGCAGCCGCAACAAGGGCUACCCUCCUGUUCAAAGUUUGAUGAGCAUGGCUGGCAGCAUUGCCGAGUACCUGGGCUGCCCUCUCAAGUAAAGUCAGCAUCUCCCGCUCGGCAUCUCAGAUGCAGGUUGCUGUGGGGUAAUUUUGAAAGAUCUUUGCGCAGCUUUCCAGUCUCUCACAACCUACUUCUAAGUAUUCUAGAGCUAAUUGCAACAGCUUCUCUUGCACACUCCAAAAGUUUCUUUUCACGAGUAGCUUCAAUCUGCGGUGGUGCUCACACCCUUCAGAGUUGCACAGUACGGCUGAAUUUGAGUCCAACUUCCACGCAAAGAAUGAUCAGCAAUCUCUCUCGCGUCUGCCAGGCCAAGGAACCCUCGGGCAAUGCAGAUAGUGGUGCUCCUUGUUGGACCUGGCUGGCCGGCGGUCUGGCGUUCGGCAGCUUGACAUCGUUAGGAGUCGGCUACUACCUUGGAAAGAAAAAGGAGGAGCGUGCUCAGCAGAAGAGAGAGGAGAAGCAGCAGCAGGCCAAGGAGGAGGACGCAAAGUUGCGCCAGAGGACAGUCAUACCGGGGGACUUCAAGGAGUUGAACGAGGGGAUUGUCCGGUUGAUACGCGCGGAAGUUUGCAGUCUGACAGAACAGCUCAGCCAGGCGCUUGAGAAGAAGCAGGCGCUGAUGCGGGAGAAGGAGGCGGUGGAGGGGUGCAGGAAUGCGGAGUGGGGCUGGUGGUCGAAGCAGCUGGGGAUGAAGUCACAUGUUAUAAAGCCAUCAAGACAUGCGCUACUGCACCACCAAAUCGACAUGGACGUUUGUGUUGAGAGGAUCCACGAGUUGAAGAAAAAGAUAGCGGAGCUCCAGUCCUAUCUGGAUCGAGGGGAACCAGUCUUACGGCUGUCUCAGGACCUGGAAAACGCACCAGAGGUCUUUACGUGCCCCAUCACUUUCGACGUCAUGGACUCGCCGGUGGUCGCUUCGGACGGGUACACGUACGAGGAGGGCAGCAUCCGGAAGUGGCUUCGAACGAGCCGAGUGUCGCCCAAGACCAACGAGGAUAUGCAUAGCACUCUGCUGCAGCCCAACAAUUCCCUCCGCCUUGCGAUCAAGAGCUGGCGGGAAGAGGUGCACGCAGGUCACAGCAAGAUGUCCGGAGAAUUGUGACGCUUUAGGAAAAGAUACAUGUGACACUGCCGUGCGGGCUGGCCAUGUUAACGUUGACAUUGGAACUAGAUUAAAGUCAAAUGUUUGCGCUGAAGUCUGGGUCAGGUUGAGUCGAGGUUCUGGUUAGGGCAUUUGCUUUAGUGGUAGGUAAGUGGUCACAUUUGGCAGGCUAGCCAUGUGAUUGUUAAGCUUUGGUAUACGCAGAUCAAGGGACAGCAAAGCCAGUCGAGCUCGUGCAGGUAAUUGGAGUCCACUGACGGCCCGGCCAAUCGUGGCUAAGUAGUGUACAGAAGCUUCUUUGAGUCGUGUAUAUGCAGUCUGUGCCAUAGGCCCGUAGCUUUGAUUGAUAGAUUGAAACGGCAGGUCUGUACAGGUUGGAGGGAUCCCUUAAGUCUUGAUAAAGUUCAAUUCUUGCAGGAGACAAAGUUAUUACUCGAUCCAGACGUACCUCAUGAUCUGGAUCGACCAAUGAAUCAACAAUCUGCGCGAGGCCGGAUUCUGUGCUAGCUCUUGCAUCCAGC